AUGUCGUACUCCCAAGUUCCAGCGUAUGUGCUGGGCACCGCCUGCUGCGGCCGCGGACUCAUGGGCGCUCUCUCGCCGCGCAGCGAGUACGGCCACGUCGGCCUCCGCCUCGAAGGCGGCGGUGGCCCAAUAUCCACUCCAGACGGCGGCGGCGGCGGGGUCGCAUCGCCUCUCAUGUACUUCAAGGCCAUUCGCGAAGCCAGUUACGGCGCGGCCCUCAUCGCGCUGCAGUACCAGGGCCACGAGGCGUCGCUCACGACGCUGAUCGGCAUCCUGUCGGCGGUGAGGCUGGCCGACGGCGCCGUCGUAUGGUGGCACGGCGGCGAGCCGUUGCGCUGGCGGGCCCUGGGGCACUGGAUAACCGGCGUCGGAUUUCUGGGGUGGUUUGUUUGGCGCCAAGGCGUGGUCUGA